AUGGACGAAGGAGAUCACAGCGACAAGGAGAGCGUGGGAGAGGAAAUUGUGGGGGAGGAUCACGUGGAGGACAAGGACGGCAAACCCAAAAGGAGCUACGAAAAAAUGGUGGAAGAAAUAAAAAUCGAAAACAGCAAGUCGUUCAUCUCAAAAAUUAGCGAACCAUUAUUGAAAAAAAAGUAUUUUAAAUAUUUUCUUAAAAUACUGGACUAUGCGUAUUAUGCUAAAGUAACAGCCAUGCAAAUCAUAAAAACAAAUGAACAGAUAGAAGAACGGAAAAAAAAAAUUCUGAAAAACAAGUUCGUCGUCAUAGGCAUAACGCAGGUUGUCAAAGCCAUUAGGAAAGGAGUGGAUGGCAUUGUCUUCCUAGCCAUAGAUGUAUUUCCAAUAGAUAUCAUAUGUCACAUGCCCGUUUUUUGUGAAGAGCAUAAGAUACCUUACACCUUCGUUACCACAAAGAAUAAAUUGGCGCGCUUGUGCAAACUAAAAAGAUCAGUCACUUGCUUGUUUCUCCCUAAACCUAACAUAGACAUUGACAAAUUUGAGGCUACCGUCAAUGAGUUUAGCAGUAAGAAGAAGAUUAGCAACUAUGCCAAGCUCUACGAGAAGAUGCUCUCCGGUGUGAAGAAGAACCAUCCGUUCUUUCAGUCGUAG